UGUUUGGUAAAUUAUCGCAGUUGUAUAUGAUUGGUACGAAAUCGAACGGUAGUUGAGAGGAACGACAAUGGCGAAACCUUCUUCACCAGCAGCUUCUUCGUUGAUCUUAGAGUCGCCGGCGAUUCAGAUAAAGAAUAUGUCUGAAGAAGAUUUGCACGAAACUAUCCAAAUGCUCAAUGGAUUGAGAGGCUUCGUCCAAAUUCCGGACGAUUGCAACACCGAGGGCUUCUAUUCCGACAUCAGUCGCAGUCAUCUCCGGCAGCUCAGCCUCGAACGAGGCCGUAUCACCUACCUCCUCAUCGUCAAACCUGUUGUCUCCAACAUUUAUGGCUUUUUACAUGGAGGAUUUGUUGCUGCGGCUGCUGAGUUCUCAUCAAUUGCUUGUGCUAGAACUGUUCUGGGAGAGGAUAAGGCAUUAUUUCUUGGGGAACUGAGCAUUUCUUAUCUCUCAGGCGCUCCACAAAAUGCAGAGGUUGUGGUAGACGCUUCUGUUUUAAGGAGUGGAAAAAGUUUGACCAUAAUUUCCAUAGAGUUCAGACUUCAAAAGACAGGAAAGUUGGUCUACACAGCUCGCUCUACACUCUAUAGCAUGCCAAUGCCGAAGUUAUAAAAUGAAAAUUUCCAGGUGCCUAAACAUCUCCCAACUUUCUUUACUUUAAUGUUAUGUGCUUUUAUUCUGUUUGAACAAACAUGUCAAAUAUUUGUACUUGUGUAAUGUUGAAAAGAGUAGGCAAAUAUAUUGAUUAGAAGCUUGAUUAUCCUUGUAUACUAUUUAUAAUCUAGACAAAAUACUGUUGUUCCAUGCUGUAUUCAUAAAGAAAUCUUAGUUGCUAUAGAGUUUGGACUUCAAGAUA